UUGACUGCAAAUUUUAUAAGUUGGAAUCUUUCCGUUGGAAAGUUAAACUGCCGAAGGAUGCCGUCCAAACUGUUGUCGUUCUCCAUCCUGUUGCUCGCUAAUUUAGGUCUUCUUAAUGGGGAGUACACGGUUUCGGAAAACGUUGUUGAAUACGUUUUACAAUCAAGUCAAUUGAAAUCCGGAACAGAAGACGUCAAGAACAAUACCUCUUUUCCUCAAAGGCUCGUUUUCAAGUGGACCGGACAUGCAGUUGGUUAUAGCAACCCUUCUACCCUCGUACCGUCGUACGUCGCGUCCGUCAGCUACGGCCCGCACAGCUCUUCUCUUAUUUACACCUGCUUCUUGACGACUUUGCUGCCGGUUUAUGCUCAAAAUCAAACAGGUUUCGUCCAUGGAGCCAACGGUUACAGUUGCAAGAUCACUAAGGGAAAACCAGGCUCACUAACGGAACCAGUCGACACCACGCAAAAACCUGCAGUGAGCAAUACGACCGUACCAGAAACGCAGCCGACUUCCCCCGGGCCAUUCCCAGGUUCUGCAGGAAGCGAAAACGUCUCUAAUGAAAACAGUGUGCCAAAUCCCAUGGUUCAACAGAGAGGUUCGAUAAAAACACGUACCGCGCGUUACUUUUAGUCUUUGUAUUGUCAUUAUCAGUCGGAGUUUCUUCCAGAUUCUUUAAAAAUAUUCAUAUUUUUUAAGUUAUACACAUACUAUCAUUCAAAAAAUAAUAAAGUGAGUUAUAAAAGUAAUUGUACUAUUAUAUUACCGCAUGAAUUUAGGUAUAACUGAAUACCGCAUUAUUUGAUUCAUUCGAACCUUAAUAAAAUAAAAACUAAUAUUUAGAUUA